AUGAAGUACUUUAGGACCAUCGUCGAAGCCCUCAACCACCAUGCCUUGGAAUCACCUGAAAAGAUUGUGUUCACAUGGGUCGACAUCAAGUGCAAAGAACAGAACAAGAUCACAUUCAAGCAACUGGAGGACCAAUCCAAUGCUGUAGCUGCUCGUCUGCUCAAGCUUGGAUGCAAAAAAGGAGACCGUGUCAUGAUUGCCUAUCCCUUUGGCCUCGAGUUCUUGGCUGGUAUGUUUGGAGCCAUGAAGAUUGGAGUCAUCCCCUGCUCUAUCUAUCCACCCAAUCCCAAUCAGCUCAAAACAGAUAUGCCAAAGUUCCGCAGAUUGGCGGAGGAUGCCGGAGCCAAGUAUGCCCUAUCCACCAGUGCCUUUGCCACUGCCAUGACCGCAGCCAGCAUCCUCUACAAGACUGGUGUUACUUGGAUUGGAACUGAUAAACUCUUCAUCAAGAAGAGCAACACAAACAAGCCUAAACAGUACGAGAGAUUUGUGGGCGAGCCAGGAGGCAUUUGUUUCAUCCAGUACACCUCUGGCAGUACUGGACGCCCCAAAGGAGUCAUGAUCAGUCACAACAACCUCGUGGAAGACAUUUGGGCCAUUUCACGAGUAUUAGGCACAAACGCUGUGGGAGCCUUGUGGCUACCGCAAUAUCACGACAUGGGACUUGUGUCGGGAUUUAUGAGUGCUAUCUAUGCCGGAGUUCAUGUCAUCAUGGCAUCACCUAUCGACUUUAUCAUGAGGCCACUGCUGUGGACUGAUAUGGUAGAGAUCUACCAAGCCACUCAUACUUCUGCUCCCAACUUUGCCUAUGCAUUGCUACUGAAACGGUUGAAACAGGCCAACAGAAAAGCCAACUGGAGUCAUGUCACACAUGCUAUGUUUGCUGCGGAACCCACCCAGAGACAUGUAGUGGAGGAGUUGGCACAAACCCUUUCUAUCAGACGAGAACAUGUGUACAACCUCUAUGGCCUGGCCGAGGCUGUUGUGUUUCUCACAGGAGGACCUGCCUACCCGGAUACCAGUGGGGUUGUUUGCUGUGGUCCAGCAGACUCCCCAUCUGUCAAGCUUCGAAUUGUCCAGGAUGGAAAGGAGAUUGAAGAAGGGCAAGUUGGGACCAUCUGGGUCCAGUCACCUGUGUGCUCUGACACUGGUGAUUUGGGGAGAGUUGUGGAUGGGCAGCUCUAUGUCACUGGAAGAAGCAAAGAUCUUAUCAUCAUCAAUGGAAAGAACCACUAUCCAACAGACGUGGAGCUGUCCAUUGAUGAAACUUUUGGAGAUGUGAUCCGCCCAGGAAGAACCAGUGCUUUCCAGCAUGGUGAUGCAAGUGUUGGUAUUACUGUGGAGGGCCGAAAGGUUUACAAGUCAGAAAUGAAGACUUGGCUGUUCAAAUUGCCAACCAUGUAUCCCAGGUCCAGGCUGUUUGCCUCAGAGGUAGUGGUCCUAAAAUUGGGUGUGACACCAAAAACCACCUCUGGCAAGCUGAAGCGAAGUGAGAUUAGGCUGACAACGAUUGCUGGUGACUGGAAAGAAUCUUCCAUACUACUUCAAUUCAAGAGGCAGGAAUCUCUUACUCCUCUACAAAAGAGUCAACGUCCCUCAUUCCUUGAGAGAAGCUUUUCAAUGCGUGGCUUUGGAAGUAAUGAGUUUUAUUUGAAUGAAGAAACUGAACAUGAAAUCAUGAAACAAUCAAUGAGUACUGCUAACUGGAUGUUUGAGGAGCUUCCUGAUAUUGACCUUCACCAAACAAAUACCCUCCCCAGCAAAGCUGUGGAAGCUGUUCAUGCUGUAGAGUGCAACCCUAACAAGCUGGAGGAGUACUUCUCUGAGCUUCAUCUUUCUGGGGUCUCUGGCAUUUACGAGGCUUGGUCAAAGGCAACCAAGACCACAGCUGCUAUGCAAGCCAUGUGCUCACAAAUAUUGAAGCAUCUUGAAGACAAGCACCCAACCAUCUGCCAGCUUGCCAAGACUCUCAGUGAGAAUCCGGACUGGAUUCUGAUAGACAACAGGACAGAUUUCCUUUUGCAGCUGGUGCACCAAAUCUUUGUCCUUCAAUGGGUGACAACCUUCAUGAUGGAUAAUGCGGAGUGCAUGCAACAGAAGUUGCAUAACGAUGCUGAAUGGGAUGCCAUGAGCAAGAAUAGACUGCCAGUUCCUUUGGAGCUACAAGAGAUGCUUGACCUUCCAGAACAAGACCCUCUUUAUGGGAACUUGCCUUUCUUUGGUUGGAUAAAGAACAGAUCAGCAGGUGCACUUUUGAGGCUGAUGCAGAAGUGUUCGGAAUCUCCUGAAGGUCCAACUGUCGAGUCACAACAUGAAAGGAUGAACAAACUCCUGUGUUUGAAUUUGUUAGAGGCUGUUUGGCUUGAACAGAGCAAUGGGCUCAAGGCCAAUUCGGAAGUUGGGAGGCUACUAGCUUCGUAUCCUUGGCUGACAUCAAGGACCCAAUCUAUGAUGCCUUUUCUUGAGCCCCCAAGCAGUACCUGGAAUGAUCUCUACAUUGCUUGGAACAUGCAUUUUGUUUCCUGGAGCGGAGAUAAGGACUCUUCCACCUGGAUGGCAUCCAAAUUGCUGCUACCCUGCAUCAUUGGAGAUGUCAAUGCUGGUUUCUUGCAUGCUAGGGCAACAAGCUUGUACCUGGUUGUACAGACCAUAGGAAGGAAAACCAUGUCUCCAAAGUAUUACACCGAAUCAGUUUUGUCAAGAAAUGCACUUGAGGAUUUUGGACUGCUGAACCUUUCUUGGGCUCAAAAACUUGGAUACACCCACCCAGCACUGCGAAAUGACAAAAUAAUGGCACUCAAUGAAGAAGAUUGGUUCCCCCAGUUUGACCAAUGGGGAAGAGAAUACCUGGAGACCCAGGCAAUCAACCCAAACUCUGAUAUCAAGGCUUCUAUAGCCAGUGCUAUAGCUACAGACCCAAAUGACUUCUCCAUCAGAUAUGCCAAUGUAAUCAAAUCUGUCUUGGGUUCUGAAGUGGACACAUCAAAAACAUGGGCUGAGAAUGGACUCACAUCUCUCAAGAGUGCCGAGCUGAGGAACAUGGUCGAGGAACAGUUGCAUGUGGUGCUCCCCACCAACUUUGAGCACCUCUACCCAACACUGAGUGAACUUUCAGUUUUCUUGAAAGCUUCAGAGAGCAAACGCUUCCCCAAGCAAGAUACAGAUGAUCACCCUGACUUCCUCUGGAACUCAGAAAUAUCAAAGCUCAGCAAGCUACAGCUAGGAGCAUUCCAAACCCUAGGCUCCAUUGUGAUCCUUUUCUCGAUCAUGAGCUCAUUGGUUCCAUCCGGCUUCCUUGUUUCCUGGGUAAUGGACAAAUGUGGGUCAUCUCAAGUUGGAGGCUGCAACGGUCCCAUUUUGUGGGUGUUGUUGCCCAUGGCCUUUCCCUUAUUCCUUCUGUCACUGUCAGUGAUUGUAGUACUCUUCAAGUUUGCUGUUGUCGGGAGGUAUCAACCAAGACAAAUUGAUCUUUUGUCAUGGGAUUAUCUACAAUGGUGGUUCAUUGACAGGCUCAUGGAGGUCUGGGAAUCAAUCGCAGGCAAGUUCCUCAAAGAAACAAAGUACAUAUGGCUUUUCUACCGGCUCCUUGGAGCAGAUCUUGCAUGGACUGCAAAGAUUAAUUCCUACAUUCGUGAAUUUGAUCUUGUCAGAGUAGAGUGCAGUGCCACUAUUGGAUAUCCCAUCAAGUGCAGGAAAUUCUCUCAAUCAGAAGAAUCAAACCCCAAAAUCACCUUCCGCCCCAUCGUGGUUGGAAAGCAUAGUAAGGUGUCUGGCAUGAUCAGCCCUGGAGUCAAGAUUGGAGAGGGAAGCAAAGUGGAGAAGCUAUCAGUUGUUGAAGAGGGGGCCUUGGUGCCGGCUCAUGUCCUUGCCAAAGGCAACCCAGCAUGCAAUGCAGGCUCAUUCGAACAUCAAGAAACGAGCUCUUUUGAAGAGUCUAUGUUGGAUGUCUUCAAGAUUGCUUGGACAAUCCUUGAAGCAUACCAUUUCUUUGCACUGUCAUAUCUCGUCCAUAUGAUACUCAACAAACUCCUGCCCGCCUGGCGCUAUGCUACUAUCCUCCAUUGGUUCUUACUUGUUCCUGCCACUUCAUUUCUUGCCGUCCUCACCAGCAUUCCUCUCAAAUGGUUUUUGAUUGGGAAACGCAAUGCAUCAGAUGGAUAUGGAGGUUCACUCUGGAAACAAGCAUCCAAUUGGGCAUGUGACUUUCACUUCCAAACAGCUUCGUGGACUCUGAUUCCUUUCAUUGGGCAGUCCAAGGUCUGGCACUUAAUCCUUUUCCUCCAUGGCCUUGAUGUUGAUAUGAUAUCUACCCUCAGUCACCCAUACACAAUCUUCUUCCCCUCCAAGGUAGAUUUUGUGAAGAUUCGGGCUUCUUUUUUCCCUACCAGCACUCUUGACCUCAGCACAAAAGCAGACUCUAAGAUUGAAAUCAUCGACAGCAGUAUUGGGUACAAUUCCAAUCUUCAUGCAGGAGUCAAGAUUAUCAAAUCCAAAAUCCCACCAAGGUCCAAUGUUUCUGAUAGUGUCUACAAUUUGAAUCAUUCGGACAAUUCAGAGAAGCUCAGCAGUUCUAACUUGCUUCUUCCAGAGUUAGGACAGCAACUGUUGAAUGUGGUUCUUUUCUUCAGCAUUGUUCCUGCCUAUGAGAUUGGUCUUGCUGCCACAAAGGCUUCCUCCUUGGGCAUUGGUGCAUUUGGUUUGGCAGUUGCUUUUACUCUGCAACUCUUUGUUUGGAUUCUGUUGACCCAAGCGGUCGAGAAGAUCUUAUUGAGUCUUCCACACGCUGCUCAGCAGAUUUUCUUUGGUAUCUACAUCAACCAUGUAAGACAAUUUCAAGCUGCAAAUUGGCUUGUAAUGGUUCUCUGCGGCACACCCAUGUUUGCCUACUUUGCACGAUUCCUGGGGGCUGAGGUGGACGGUGACCUCUGGUAUUUUGGAAAUUCUCUGUAUGAGUAUGGCAAACUCCACUUCCAAGGUUGCACCAUUGUUGACAGUGCCCAUGUGGCUGGACACUACUUUGAUGGCAAUGGCCUUACCAUAGAUGACACCUAUGUGUCUGGAUUGUUGCAUCCGGGUUGCUAUGCCUCAGCUGGGGCAAGAGUAUCUGCUGCCGAGCAUGGUCCAUGGAAGCUCUUCUUAAGAAAUGAUAUGGGUGCCCAGGAUUCAAAAUGUUCCUUGAGCGAUGUGGAGAGUGCUGAGGGGAGUACAGGCAAUCUGAUUGAAACUCAGCAUGGCGACUCUAUCCAUCAGAUACCACCUGAGUUUGAAGUGUAG